GUAGCAGGGUCUAUGAUGGUCCACGAUCCACGAACAAGCGACUUGCAAGCAACUUAUGAUCAAAUUCAGAAAGCUGGAAAAAAUAGUGUAGAUGGCAUAGUAAAGUGGCUGCAGGAUUCUCAAAUCAUCGACAAAGCGAAAGAAAGCGAGGACAAAGUACGAUCUUAUUUCGCUGACGCCGCCAACAAGAGUGAAAUAACUGCUGAAAAGUUCAAAGAGGCUAUGGGUAAAAUAGCCAAUGAACAGAAGAAGAACGUCGAAGACCUUUCCAAGAGCUUAGCGGACUAUGGAAGUACGUUGAUGAGCGCUUUACAAGCGGGAGCGCAAGCGGCGGCGAGCGCGUUCAAAGAAAAAAUGGACAAAAAAUAGCGUCGAUUAAUGUUUAAUACAAUGAUUCUAAUAAAUACUUGCUAAAAAAAACUAGUUUGUUGGGUCUUAUAAUAUUUUGUGAGUAUAUCUCGCGAUGUAGCUCAUAAGUACUGUAUGGAAAUGAUCCAAGUACUGACUUUUCCUUCGCUUCUGUCAUUCUGAUACUUUUCGGUCACCGUAUUUAAUUAAGAUUUUCACUUUAGUUUUGCGGGUUCAAACCCUUCCUCGUACCAAUGAAUUUUUCAGAACUUAUAUACGAUAUAAGUAUGAUUUGAUAUUCGGUGAAAGAAAACGUCGUGAGGAAGCCGGACUAUUUCCCAAUAAGGCCUAGUUUUCCCUCUGGAUUGGAAGGCCAGAUAGCAGUCGCUUUCGUAAAAACUAGUACCUACGUUAAUUCUUAGGAUUAGUUGUCAAGCGGACCCCAGGCUCCCAUGAGCCGUGGCAAAAAGCCAGGAUAACGCUAGGAAGAUGAUGAUGGCUUUAGUUACGCCCCGAAAUCUCCUCUUUGCGCGUCGAACAU